AUGACGAGACAGUUGACAAAAGACGAUGUAGAAUAUCUCAGAAAAUUUUAUUACAAUUUAGACAAUCCAGCAGCUUACAGUGGUCCACGGAAAUUGUUUCAAGCACUUAAAGGUUCAUAUAGUUACGGGCAGAUCAAACAGUUCCUUCAGAACGAGGAUGCAUAUUCACUGCAGAAACCAGUCCGACACAAAUACAGGAGGCAGCAGGUCAUUGUCACUCACAUCGAUGAAGAAUUCCAAGGUGAUCUCCUGGACGUCCGAAACCUAGCAGAACACAAUGAUAAAGUUCAGUAUUUGAUAAUGGUCAUCGACAUUUUUUCUAAAUUUCUUUGGGUACAACCAUUAUUGAAUAAAAGAUCAAAGAGCAUCAUAGCAGCAUUAAAGCUAGUAUUUAAAAACUGGAGAAUUCCGGAGAAGUUUUAUACAGAUAAAGGGAACGACAUCAAAAAGUCUCCCGACGAUGUCAAGGUCACCAUGGUCUCCCCCGCUCAGCAAGUGGUGGAACAGGCUAAAUCAGAGCUGAAACGAGAUCAGAGCUGA